CGAUUCAAAGGAAAGGAGAAGAGGUCGAUCAGAUUCAGAGACGCUAUCUGACGAUCCUUUGCUUGAAUCUAACGACGAAGGCAUAGGAACAGACGAGAGGGUAGACGAUGUACCGUCCAGCGCCAAAGAAAUGGAGACCCUCGUAGUUCUAAAAGAGUUAGAUGUGCCUCAAACGUUAUGCUCCCUAGUGGCGUAACCAAAUGCUCAAUCGUCAAAUGCUUGAGCGUUGAAAGAGAGUUAGAUGAGAAAGCGAGUUUGCGACCACCGACUUUACUUACUGAUCUCACCAGGCCUUUGAGCCCUGUAAGUUCCCGUAGCGAGUCACCUUUAAGCGACAAGGCUACCUUAGGUCGCUUCUCCCCUCAGUUCUACGGGAGACAACUACCUUUCACUGAUUCUGAUGGACUCUAUGAUUUCCCAAGUUCAGAGUGUGUGAAAGGGACAAGCUGUAAAGGAGGUCUGAACACGCAGAAGAAGUCUGGGAGGAAGAGAGAUAGAAGAACGACCAGGACAGUGUCGCAUGAAGCGAGUGGGACGACCAAGUCGGCACUUCCACAUAUGCCGCAUUCCAUGCAUAACCUCUUAGAGGUACCCGGGCCCCGCGACGGCGGCCGCGGCCGCAAGUCGGGGCGCCGGCGCUCGCGCUCGCAGGCCCCCGCCCCGCCCUCCUCGUCCUCCAGCGAGGACUCCGUGUCGGCAGCCUCCGUCGCCUCCGUGGCUUCCGCUAGGGAGCUGCGACUGCCCGAUUUGGAUAUGCAGGACACUUCAUCCAAAAUCUCAUCAAGUCUCGAUCUAACGGAGGACUCCCGAAAACCUGUAAAAGUAAAUAAGUUAAGAACCAUCAGCAACCAAAUUAGGUUCCUUCGACGUUUGGAACGAAGCUUGAAAAUGAAAGAAAGCUAUCCAGCGCUAUCGGAUGAUGAGGGCGAUGAGUCUUCGAGUGUAACUUCGCCCCUUUACAAGGUCGGAAGGACUUAAACUGUAUGCCGACACACGCGAUAUCAGCACCUUUAUUAGGCCCCGGGAGGCCUAAAAUCGCCCGACAGAGGCGGUACGACCGAUCGUUGUUAAGUGAAGAUACUAGGAUACUAAACACGGCAACUUGCCAUGAUAAUUCCGAUUGAAAAUGAACUUUGUGUUUACGUGAGUGCAGUUUUACGUUAGCAAUAAGAGUGCGUUGCGGUGAAAGUUUGAAUAGUUGCGUACUCGACAAUGUCCACGUUUUUGACAACUGUCAGCUGACACAUGAGUAUACAAAAUUCUAAUCUAAUGUGAUAUAAUUAUAAUGUAAUGGUUCUUCAGGAGUGUUGACGAUUUUAACAAUUAGUACUUAUUGUAGAUAACCAUCGUGUCGAGUUUUCUUUUUCUUCAGUUCCACUUUUGAUGUCUUGAACUUAUACGUGAUUCUUACUGUAAAUAAUUGUCUUAUAGCAAUAACUUAUUAUAAGGAUGUUUGUUCAUCCUCGUAGUUGAUACGGACAUUAAUACCUACUCGGUGUUUUUAUAUUCAUUAGUAAGAAGUUAGUCGUAAUUAGAUAUAGAAUAGAUAAUGUUAAUUUUACCUUGUUUUUUAAUGUUCCGCUAAAUAAUUUCCUGUUCGUUAGAUUAUUGACUAUGUAAAAUGCUUUUGUAAAUGUAUUAUACGUAUUGCUCAAAUGCAUAUUUUGUGAGAUCGUUUUUGCGCACUUUUUGCUGUUAUGU